AUGUGUACCAUCUAUAGAAAUAAGGGGACGACAGUGGGGAAAACCCUUAAUGGAUGGUCCAAAAGCCCAAAAAAUUCGCUUAAACAUCACUCUGGCUCUGACUCAAUUCACAACCGAUUGCUUGGUUUUACAGCUGCCUAUCAUUUUUUCCAUUACCCUGAUAGUUCGCGGCUUCGACUUAGUCAGAUACUUAUAUUGCCUCCGUAUCAACAUAAAGGUUAUGGACGACACCUUGUAGAGCUACUCAACCAUGUCGCGAUGUCGGAGGAUGUCUAUGACUUGACAGUUGAAGAACCAGUGGAUUCCUUGCAACGUGUUCGGUAUUGCAUAGAUGUACCCCGUCUUCUUACCUGCAGUUCUGUGCAACGUGCUGUUGAAACUGCAGCAACACACCUAAAAGAAGCGAAUUUGUCAAAAAGAACGCAGGCUUGUCAGCUUCUUCCACCAUUAGCAGCGGUUGAAGAAGCGAGGAAGAGCUUGAAAAUUAACAAGAAACAUUUAAUAAAGUGCUGGGAGAUUCUUGUGUAUCUUGCCUUGGAUCCAAUCGACAAGUACAUGGAAAACUACAGAAUCUUCAUCACAGAUCAAGUGAAGAUCAGCGUAAUUGGGAAAGACUCGGGGACUAAUGGAAAACAGGUAAUCGAAACACCUAAUGAAUUUGGAGAAGCUUUUAUUUUGUACAAGCCUCAAGACGAAAAAGAUGGCCAGAUUGAGGUAGAUGUUGAUGAGGAUCAAAAGAAACAACAAGAGGAGCAGCUACUGCAAAUAGUCGAUGAAAGGCUAAUGGAGAUCCAAUUGGUGGCUCAAAAGGAUAUUAAGGAUGAUGAUGAUGAUGAUAACUGUAUUGCUGAACUUAGGGUUUUAUUUGAAACAUCGUCAAAAUUAGUGGUGUUCUUAGAAAAUACUCCACAUUGUUUGAUCAAUCACAUAGCAUUAAUGCAAUCUAAUCCAGGAACAGUGGUGCAAUGGGAAGUCCAACCGACAAUGGAUCCUACCAAAGUGAUCUUUCAUCGAAUUUUCUGGGCUUUCGGACCAUCCAUUAAGGGUUUUUCUCACUGUCGUCCCCUUAUAUCUAUAGAUGUGAGAACUACAAACAUGUCUGAAGCGUUCAACGGCGUUAUGAAAGGGGCCAGGUCACUCCCAAUCACUUCAUUAGUUAGGAUGACAUUCUUCCGGGUAAACGAAUACUUUGCCACAAGGAGGGAUCUAGGGAGAAACAGAUUAGACAAUGGACAUGUGAUAUAUGACACAGUGCGUGGGAUAUUUGAGGUCACCACUGGUUGUGGCAAUAGGAUAGCGGGAAAAGGUGGAAAAUCCUACAUGUUGUUCCAGAUCCCUCAACGAAGCGUGGAAAGGGUCGUCCGCGGUCAACUCGUUUACGGAACGAAAUGGAUGCACCGUUGA